GUUUGAAAUGAAGCUGCGGUAGUUACAGCUUAUCGGUACGGUUGGGCCAGAUUUCCCCCUUUCUGGACUUCCCAGGGUUUUGGACCAUGAUCCAGAUGGUACAGCAAUGCUUCAAAAAUGAGUAUUUCGACAACUUGCUACAAGCUUGCAAACCUUGUCACCUUCGAUGUCCUAAGUCACCUCCCUUGGUGUGUCAGAGUUACUGUGCUGCAAGUGCGACUGCUUCAGUUAAAAUAACAGAUGAGAUUCUUUGGAUUUGUUUGGGGAUGGGAGCCGUUUUGUCUUUGACAGUUUUUGUGCUAACAUUCUUAUUUAAGAAGAUGAGUCAAGAGCAAACAAAGGAGGAACUUAAAAAUACAGGGGAAUCAGGUGUCGAGUCCCAAGAUCCAGCUAAGGCUGCCGUCCCGAACGGCGCAAAGGAGGACGAAGCCAGUGUCCCUCUCCGGGCGGGAACAGCCACGAAGGUGACGGUCGAAGAGUGUACCUGCGAAGAAUGCAACUCGGGGAACCCGAAGGAGGCCUCCCAAACUUCGUUCCCGCUCCCGGCCACACAGGAAGGGGCAACCGUCCUUGUCACCACGAAAACAAAUGACUGUUACAAGGGUGGGCCGGGGCCUGGGAGUGACACCUUCUCCGGGAUAUGGGAAUCGGCUUUACUCCAUCAUCAGUGAGCCUGACGGGGCCCGCCCUCCUCACUCCAGUCGUCUGCUGUCGGUGAAGGGGAGACUCGCCGCAUCUGUUCUCUUCAGAAAAAAUUCCCGUUGGUUAUCGUCGAUAGAAUAGUUCUGUUUUUCAUUUUGGAAACUCCUUCUCGCUCGAUACACUUCUGCGCCUUACCGCUGGCAGCCGAUUAAGAAAACCAGCUUUCUUUCACUCUUAUUAAACUCUGUACUGACCGAACACUGCGAUGUGUAAAUCCCAUAGUCUGCAGUACUUCCAGAUUUGCAUGUGUACUUUACCGAUCACUCAUUCACCCCGAAACUCACACGGGGACAGGCUCAAAGCCGAUUAGUUUUCUUCAUCAUUAAGACGAGAUGCGCUAGCGGCCCGAGGUGGCCUGUGAGGAGGAGGAACACAGCUGAGAUUUGGAUUCAGCAGUGUUUGGCAAAUUUUAGGAGGGUUAUAUCAAUCAAUCAAUCAAUCAAUCAAUCAGGAGUAUCCAUCGAGUGCUUACU